CAUAUCGUUAUAAUUAAUCCAAUAUUUAAUACUUGGGGGAUUUACUUCUUAGGUAGAAUUUUUAUCUUUCUUACACAUCUGAAUCCAGAGGACUGCCUUUUUUGAGGCUUGAAAUUGAUUAUUUGUCACUAUUGUUUGAGCUUGCAGCUCAAUUUGGGUUGAAGAGAGAGACCCGACGAUCCUUUGAUGCUUUUUUCCAGCUUGGAAUCUGUCCAGGGAUUGAAUUUGGAUGUUUUUUUUUUCUGUUUGACCGUGCAUGUGGGCGUCGCUAGGUAAAGUUCAGAUCUUUUUAAGUUUUUGCAGGAGGUUCCUUAGGCCUUAGGCUUUUGCCCUUCCAUGUGCCUUCUUCUUUACCCUGUUUCUCUCUCUCUCGCGCGCGCGCUGCGUUUCACUUGGCCUGGUUAUUUAAGUAGAUGAUGUGGAUGUAGCUACCUGAUAGAAACUAGCUCCUGUUUGUCUGCUUUCCUUCAUUGUUUGUUUUCUCUCUUCCUCCUCCUUGCUCCUGUCUCUUCACGUUCUCUGAACCUGUAUCUGGUUUUUGUUUAGCUUUUGUAAAGUUUGGUUUUUGUGGCGAAAGUUCGCUGCUUUCUUCGAGUUUCAUCAAAAUCUUUUUGAUUCUUGGCCUCUUUGGGAGAUGAAGUUUGGCUCUGUAAUUUAUGAAUAUUCGUAUUUUGUUUGAUUUGGUCUCUUCUUGUUUGGUUGAAUGGCGUAAUUUUCUCGUUCGUUAUCCCAUUAUUGACCGUUUCUUCCGAGAAUCUGCUGGUCUCUACUGCAGCUUUGGAGAAUAGUAGAUCUGUAUGGAGAAUUAGGUUUAUGUGUUUCUGAUUCUAAGUCCAUUUGAUCCAGCCUGGUAGUUUUGAGCCAGACCUCUCAAUUGGAUCUGUGUCAUCAGGAUGAGGGAUUUUCCUUCCUGUUUUGGUGAAAGCGGAGUUCAAGUGGCCGAUGCCUCGUCCAAUUCAGGCAAAACUUCUCAGAAUCUUGUUACUUGCCUCUAUAGCACACAGCUCUGUGGCAGCUCUUGUGUGAUCUCCAUCACAUGGAGCAAGAACAUGAUGGGCCAGGGUCUCAGCAUCGGAGUUGAUGAUUCCAACAACCAGUCUCUCUGUAAGGUGGACAUAAAGCCAUGGCUGUUCUCCAAAAGAAAAGGUUCGAAGAACAUGGAGACCGAAAAAAGCAAGGUAGAUGUCUUCUGGGAUCUCUCUAAUGCAAAGUUUGGUUCUGGGCCUGAACCAGUAGAAGGAUUCUAUGUUGCAGUUCUCUUUGAUUUCCAGAUAGUUCUUCUUCUUGGUGAUCUAAUCAAAGAAGCAUAUAAAAAGACCAAUGCAGGCCCUUCUCCUUAUAAUGCCAUGUUUGUAGCCAAGAAGGAGCACAUAUUUGGCAAGAAGAUCUACUGCACCAAGGCUCAAUUCUCUGACAAAGGCCAAGUUCAUGACAUAUUGAUAGAGUGUGAUACAAUUGGGUUGAAGGAUCCUUGCCUUGAGAUCCGCAUCGAUAAGAAGCGGGUGAUGAUGGUGAAGAGGCUCCUAUGGAAAUUUAGAGGAAACCAGACAAUUCUCGUUGAUGGGUUGCCUGUUGAGGUUUUCUGGGAUGUGCACAACUGGCUUUUUGAUGCAUCCAUGGGCAGUGCAGUCUUCAUGUUCCAAACUAUUAUUUCAACUGAGAAAUCAUUGCAGUGGGGUUCCUCCCAAAUGUUGGCUGAACCUCAGCUCCGGCGCCUUAGUUUCUCAUUGAUUUUGUAUGCCUGGAAGAGUGAAUAGGUCUGUGCAUGCUUUGUAGAGUGUUCACACUGCCUCAUCAUAUCUUUUAAGUGCUAAACAGAAUCCAAUAUUGUGUGACUUCUCUUCAUAUUGUGAGCAAAUUUUCCAUAUACUUAGCUUUUUUCCCUUUGUUUUUCGAUAUACUUGGUUAUAUUGAACCAGACCAAGAACUGAAAAUUGUGUUAUUUUCCAUCCCAUGUGUGACCAGGCAAUUUCUAA